AUGUAUUUUGGUGCUCCACCACCUAUUCUCAAUUGGUCUUUCGUGCCGUGGUGGAUUCUUUCUAUCGGUCUGGCUUGUUCUUCCAUGGCGAAUUUAGGAUUUAUUUAUCGAAGGAAAAGAGUCUGGAGUUUGAACGUCGUAAUUUUAAGGGGAAAGGGACCGAGUCGACUGGGUACGCGAAUCGGGAUGGGAUUUGAAGUACGAAGUACGAGAUACGAGAUACAACGUGUAGAGGAUAUGCGGAGGACCGGUGGACGAGGAUUUGUCAUUUUGUCAACGAGGAGAAAUGAUUUAGCUAGGUACCUAGGUAUACAGAGUACGGACUACAUAACGGUAGAGUACCACGAACACAGCACGAGGUUCAUGAUCACAACUUUCCGUACACUGCAUUUUAUAUUACCUUUACCGUCCAUGCUGUUGAAGGAUGGAAAGAGUAGAGAUCAUGUAAGGAUCAUCAUGUCCUCGAGCGAAAUUAAUGGUUGCGUACCUAGACACCCUGUGUCGUCCACGUCUAAGCUUCGUGGGAAGCAUGAAACUAAGACAUUUGAGUAG